UCUCUCUUUGAUUGGGUUUAGACUCGAAAAGAUUCCUAGCAUUGCUUUCUGAGAAAAGAAAAGAAAAGGGAACGGCGUUUUUGCAAAAUCAAGCAAGCAAAUUGCAAUCUUUAUAUUUCUUGGCUUGGAAUUCUCAGACAAUAAAUCGGCUUGGGUCUAAAAGUGGAAAUACUCUGCAAGAAAGUUUAAGUUUUCCCAAGCUCAUUAUAAGAUCAGCGAAAAGGAUGCCUGCUGUAGUGAGAGUUAAAAGACGCGUUGACGAAGAACCCUUGUCAGCCUUUGUCUUGAAUAGCAAGCGAAGGCGCUUGGAUGAAAAUGACGGUGCAGCUGCUAAUAAAGAGGAGUUGUCCACAUUGCUGAAAUUUGCUGGAACAAUCAAUGAACAGGACGAUUCGGCGACCACACAAUAUGCUCGCCUCACCAAAGAAGAGGCAAAAGAGUUGGUUUUACGCAAAACACGAAAACCCAUUAACGCCACUGAAAAAGCUCGCCAGGAAAUGCGCAAAAAUCUACAAGAGCAGCGUUUUCGUGUGGUCAAUUGCCUGAGAACCACAUUGGAGUCGAAUGAAAAUAAUGCCAAUGAAACCUCCAAAGAGAUUACCAUUGUAGAUAUAGAAAAACACAACACCAAUGAAAAGACUAAUGAAGCGAAUGACAAGCCAACGUCAAUGAUGCCCUUGGGGGUUACAUCGACGUCUUUACCACAAAAUGCCAGUGGUUUGGAACAAGCCUCUACGUCUGCCGCCGCUGCCGCUGCUGCCCUUACCUUAACAACAGGCACCACAAUGUCCAUGCCCUCUGAUUCAGAUACAGGUUAUGUUUACGAUUUAUAUAUACCGGAUAAUGAACAACAUGCUGAUUAUGUAGAUCUAUUGGAUGAGAAUUAUCUCAGUGUACGACCCUUCGAUGAUUUAAUAUACGAAGAUCGUUACAAUAAUGAUGAUCAGGACGAUGAAUACGAUUCGGAUGAUUCUAAUCAAGAAAAUUAUUUUGGAAAUGAAUACCCAGACGAGGAUGAGGACAAGGCCAUGAAUAGCGAUCGUGACGAUGAUGAUGAAGAAGAAAACGAUGAUGCGGUUCAUUUGGCAAGGGGAUUGGACAAAUUCGUCUUUGGCGAAGACGAUGAAGAGGAUGAAUUAGGCUCUUCCUCCAGCGAUGAUGAUGGCAAUUAUUAUAAUGCCUAUCGAGAUCCUUAUGUCCAUUCCAUUGAUCCCGAAGAGGACAAUUUUUGUGAGGACGUGGACAGUUGCGAUGUGGACCGCUAUGGCAUGGCCUAUGCCCGUUAUAAGGCAAGAGUUCUAAAAAAGUUAAAGCCCAAAUUAGAAGAUGAGGAAGAAGAAGACGAUGAUGGCAAUUCCGAAUCCGAAAGAAGCAAUUAUGGCGAUACAUCAUCAGAAGCGUCGUACAUUGACGAAUACUAUGACUCUCUCCCUGGAGAUUAUUAUUAGGCAGUAGUUAUUAUCUUAGAGACUUUUUAUAUAAGCCUUUUGAAAAAAAAAUAGUUAUUUAAAUUGAAAAAACAAUUACAAUUUUAAAGUAAGUUUUAAAAUAAAAAAGCGAUUUUUAA